GACACAGCCAGAGCACUGAGAGAUAUCAGGUAUUGAUGUAACUGGAGUGAAUAAGGGAACCUUCUUCCUGAGCACAGACAUUGGAGCCUGUUAUCAGCAUGAACUCAUAUGCGUUAGACAAACACGUGAAUAGUUCAUAUCCCGCCUUCACUACAGAAAGCAUCAGAAUGAUUCCACAAACUCAAAUAGUCUUAGACACCAAUGACUAUUCACAAACAUUGGGGAUAUCACAAAAGAUAUUAACAGACAAUGGUGAAUUGGCAGGAACUGGGCAGCAAUCAUUAUGUACAGAGAGUAAUUUAGUCAUCAAACAAGAGGACAACAUUUAUGCCUUAUCUAGUGAAAUGAUUAUCCCAGAGGAUAAACCACACACAUUUACUGGGUUUUCAAAACAUAUUAAAGAAGGGAAAAGUCUUCAGUCUAACCAAAUGAUUCAUACAAAGGAGAAACCUUUCAAAUCUACAGAAUGUGAGAAAAGCUUUAGAUGGAAGUCUCAGCUACUAGAACACCACAAAAUUCACACAGGUGAGAAACCACACACAUAUACUGAGUGCGGCAAGUGUUUUACAGAAAAACGUAAUCUGAAAAUUCAUGAAAGGAGUCACACAGGAGAAAAGCCGUUCACAUGUACAGAGUGUGGAAAAUGUUUUACACAUAAGAGUAAUCUGAAAACUCAUGAAAGGAUUCACACAGGGGAAAAGCCUUUCAGAUGUACAGAGUGUGGAAAAUGUUUUACAGAAAAACGUAAUCUGAAAAUUCAUGAAAGGAGUCACACAGGAGAAAAGCCGUUCACAUGUACAGAGUGUGGAAAAUGUUUUACAGUACAGAGGCAUCUGAAAACUCAUGAAAGGAUUCACACAGGAGAAAUGCCGUUCACAUGUACAGAGUGUGGAAAAUGUUUUACAGAAAAAAGUAGUCUGAAAACUCAUGAAAGGAGUCACACAGGAGAAAAGCUGUUCACAUGUACAGAGUGUGGGAAAUGUUUUACAGAAAAAAGUCAUCUGAAAAAGCAUGAAAGGAGUCACACAGGAGAAAAGCCGUUCAAAUGUACAGAGUGUGGAAAAAGUUUUACAGAAAAAAGUAAUCUGAAAAGUCACGAAAGGAUUCACACAGGAGAAAAGCCGUUCACAUGUACAGAUUGUGGAAAAAGUUUUACAGUAAAAAGUAAUCUGAAAAAUCAUGAAAGGAUUCACACAGGAGCAAAGCCGUUCACAUGUACAGAGUGUGAGAAAUGUUUUACAGAAAAAAGUCAUCUGAAAAAGCAUGAAAGGAGUCACACAGGAGAAAUGCCGUUCAAAUGUACAGAGUGUGGAAAAUUUUUUACAGAUAAAAGUAAUCUGAAAAUUCACGAAAGGAUUCACACAGGAGAAAAGCCGUUCACAUGUACAGAUUGUGGAAAAAGUUUUACAGUAAAAAGUAAUCUGAAAACUCAUGAAAGGAGUCACACAGGGAAAAAAACUUUUCACAUGUAGAGUGUGGAAAAAGUUGUAUACAUAAGAGUGAACUGAAAAUUCAUGAAAGGAUUCACACAGGGGAAAAGCCUUUCUCAUGUACAGAGUGUGGGAAAUGUUUUACACAUAAGAGUUAUCUUAAAAGUCAUGAAAGGAUUUACAAGGGAAGAAACAUUUCACAUAUUUGGAAAGUGGAAAUUUUUUUUUUAUUUUAAUCAGGUAUCACAAAACACCAAAUAUUUACACACAAAUAAACUUUAUAUAUUUUACAGUGAGCAAACCUUUUUUAUAAUUAUCCUAAUGAGGACAAACUUUCUAAAUAGAAGAAUCAAAAAGGAUCCUAUUGUAAAUAAUACUUUCUUAAUCCCAGUUAUAAAAACCCCAGAUUGGAAGUGCUCUCCUGCUGUCCUUUGUUCCUCUAUAUAUGUACACCUCAGUUUCUCUCAUAUCAAUGUGAUAGAAUCCAAACACCACACAGGAAUAUACAGAUCUGUCCUCAUACUGACCAGUUUACACAACCAUUCACCACCAAAGCACCCCCAGUGUUGUUUAUUAAUAUGUCAGUGUUAGGAGUUGUACAUUUGAUUUACAUAGGGGAGAAAAUAAUUACAUUUACAGAAUAAAGGAGUCUUUAUAUGAAUAAAGUAUUAGAUAAUUAUAUCAACAAGAACAUCAGUCUCAAAUGAUUGACAUCUGGGAGAUAUAUUUAAUGUGCACAUCAUGUGGAUAAACCUUUUCUUAUAGCAAUAGAUGCUUAGCAUUGUACAAUUGUACAUGUUAUAUGCUAGAGGAAUUACUGAGGAGAAACUGAUUUUAUUUCAUGAGACACAAUAUCAGUUUCCGGUACAUACGUGAUCAUAAUCAGUUUAAUUUAAAUGGCAACUAUAACCUACAUGUAUACUGGGUAUGUAAUAUGUAUGUCAUGUUCUGUAACUUGAUAUGUCUAAAUAAAAAGAGAGAAGCGGUCAACCUGGGAA